GAAUUUUUAUUUCUUGGAGGGGUGGAUAGAACUGAGAUGAAUGUUAACCUGUAUCAUUAUCAAGGCAAGUGAAUUACGACUGACCUUGGUAUCGGUUUUGCAGAUGAAAUUAUGCCAGUUAUU